UUGGAGGCUGCCAUGUUUUUUUCUCCGGCAAAUUUUGUGAGAGGUCAAAAUAUGCUGUCGAGAUUAGCAUUAAAAUCAGGCCAUUUUGGCUUUGCUGUGAGGGGCCAGUUAAACAGAUGUGCUGCUCCAGCUCUAGUACGAGGGGCCAGUUCCGAAGUCUCGAAGCAGGACCCUUUUGACAAGGCCUACACACUGUACAACUCGCCAGACCGGGACCUUGUGAACUUCCCAAAUCCCAAGAUGCCCGAUGUCUCACCACCCGUUCGAUUGGGUUUCCUACCUGAACAUUGGUUCCAAGCAUUCUAUGACAAAACUGGUGUGACAGGUCCCUACCUUUUUGGAACUGGCCUUAUUGCCACUCUCCUGUCCAAGGAAAUCUGGGUAGUUGACCAUGGCUUCACUGAGGUGUUAGGUUUCUGGGCUGCUAUGUUCAUCCUGAUCAAAAAAAUUGGUCCUGCUUUUGGAGAAUAUUUGGAUAAAAGGAGUGAGUCCUACAAGGAGGUGUUUUAUGACAAGCCCCUGCAAAAUGCCAAGUCAGCAAGCUUGGAGUUUAUUGACAACACAGAAAAGAUGAUCGAAGCUCAGAAAGGCCAGAAGUUCCUGUUUGAGGCAAAGAGGGAAAAUGUGGGUCUUCAGUUGGAGGCUAUAUACAGGCAACGAUUGCAUGAUGCACAUCAGGAGGUCAAGAAACGAUUGGACUAUCAGGUUGAUGUUCAGAACACCAAGAGGAGCUUUGAGCAGACACACAUGGUCAACUGGAUAGUUGAUAAUGUUAUCAAGGGAAUUGAUGCAAAGCAGGAGAAGGAUGCCUUGAGUAAGUGUAUAGCCGACUUGAAGGUCCUAUCCAAAACUCAUGCUGCUUCACUUUAAUGUCACAAACAACUUUGGACAAUUAGGAAAUCUUUUUGAGUGAACCAGUGUAAAAAGUCAAAUGUCCUGUAGGUCAGGGGUAGAAGCAACAAACCUGCUCUUUGACCAUUUACAAGCAUAUCUUGGCUAUGAAAAACCAGAACUGUUGAGUGAAUAUGUGACCCGCUCUACCAAAACUAGGCGCUUGUCGCAUCUGAACUUGACAGGUUGAUACGGACUUGUUGUUCAUUUCCCUAUUGUAGACCUUUUGUGAAAUGUGACCAAAUCAGUUUGUAAUAGAUUUCACAAAAGGUCUACAAUAGGGAAAUGAACAACAAGUCCGUAUCAACCUGUCAAGUUCAAAUGUGACAAGCGCCUAGUUUUGGUAGAGCGAGUCACAUAUAUGACCUGUCACAUGAAAACCAGGUGUAUGUCGCACAGAAGAUGAGCCGAACUGACACCAGGGGUAAUAGAAGGUAUUGAUGUAAUCAGAUUUCACGAAAGGCAGACAACAAUGAAACCAACAACAGUCUGUCUCAACCUGCUCAGAGCACUAUGCGCCUGGUUUUGCUGUGAUGGGUCACAUAUUAUCUACGAUUCACUCUCAUUCUAAGUUCAUCCAGUGAGUUGGGAGUUCAAACAUUCUUUAAGUGAUUAUUUAAGUGACAGUGUAAUAGAUCAGUUAAGUCCCUGGCAAGACAUCGCCAAGUAACUCUGGUUUCCAGCAUAUGUACAUACCAUGCUCACUUGAUGAUUAGUGUAGUGCACGGGUACACUCUUAGAACUUAUGAUGUGCUGAUUAAAUUCCUGUUUUGUGAUUCUGUUAAAGACAGUGUACGUGUAAAAUAGAAUAAAAGUAACUUUGUAUUGAUAA